CUUCCCUCUUGUUCUACUUUGUUGUUGGUCGCUUUUCAGUUUUUUCAGUGUGUAGCCCCCUCCGCUAAACAUUUCACUUUCUUCUUCACUCUCUCUCUUUAAAACAAACAGAAAAACAAACCCCUAUUUCACAUUUCACUUCAUUUGAUCGAACAAAUCAUUAUCUCCAGUCCUCUCUGGUUAAUCAUUUUCUUCCCAUCUCCAGAAACAACAACAAGUACUAGUAGUAGAAGUAGAAGAAGAAGAAGGAAUAUCAUAUCUAUGAAGAGAGUACUAUUCUUCUUCUUCUUCUCUAUGAUUUUUUCUUCUUCUUCAUCGGUAUCAUCGUCAAACUAAUUUGUUUGUUCCUGUGUUUGAGUAUUGAUUUUAAGGGGAAUCUUUGUUAUUUAGGGUUAGGGUUAAAAGAAAGAAGAAGAAGAAGAAGAUGGAGAGGAAACAAGGUUUUUUUUCAGCACUGAGAGAAGAUGUAGUGAGAGCAUUAUCACCAGCAAGGUCAAGAACUAAAAGUCCAGCAAGGAGUGCAUCACCAAUGUCAGGAUUACUGAGAAGGAACAAAAAGCAACCAAGUAAUUUUAGUAAUUAUAAUAAUAAUCCUGAAUCAUUGAUUGCAAGAUCUGGAAGUUUAAGACCUGUUGGUGAGACAUUAACACCAUUAAUGGAAGGACCUGAUCCAGAUGGUAACACUAGUGAAAAUGGUGAUUCGAAAAGAGAAGGUUGGGGUCAUUGGGUCAAAGGACAGUUAUCUAGAGCUCCUUCUGUUUCUGCUACUGCUUAUAAACGUUCCGAUCUGAGACUUCUUUUAGGUGUUAUGGGUGCUCCACUUGCUCCUGUUCAUGUUAGCUCUAUUGAUCCUCUUCCUCACCUCAGUAUUAAAGAUACUCCCAUAGAAACUUCCUCUGCUCAGUACAUUUUGCAGCAGUAUACAGCUGCAUCUGGAGGGCAAAAGUUGCAGAAUUCAAUCCGUAAUGCUUAUGCCAUGGGUAAGGUGAAGAUGUUGGCUUCUGAAUUCGAGACAGCCACCAAAGUCAUGAGGAACCGGAAUGCAUCUAGAGCUGCUGAAACUGGUGGGUUCGUUCUCUGGCAGAUGAAUCCAGACAUGUGGUAUGUCGAGCUUGCGGUAGGUGGUAGCAAGGUUCAUGCUGGCUGUAAUGGAAAGCUUGUCUGGAGGCACACUCCCUGGCUUGGUGCUCAUGCUGCUAAAGGACCUGUUAGACCUCUACGUAGAGCACUCCAGGGUCUUGAUCCCAGAACCACCGCAAGCAUGUUUGCUGAUUCAAGAUGCAUUGGUGAGAAAAAAAUUAAUGGGGAAGAUUGCUUCAUUCUCAAGCUCUGUGCAGAUCCACACACACUGAAAUCCAGGAGUGAAGGACCAGCAGAGAUCAUAAGACACGUCUUGUUUGGUUACUUCAGCCAGAGGACUGGUCUUCUUGUCCAUAUGGAGGAUUCCCACCUUACAAGAAUCCAAUCCAAUGGAGGUGAUGCCGUGUACUGGGAAACCACCAUUAAUUCCUUCCUCGACGAUUAUAGGCCGGUUGAAGGGAUCAUGAUUGCACAUUCAGGUCGAUCUGUAGUGACCCUUUUCAGGUUUGGGGAGAUGGCCAUGAGCCACACCAAGACUAGAAUGGAGGAAGCUUGGACAAUUGAGGAAGUGGCUUUCAAUGUUCCAGGAUUAUCGAUGGACUGUUUCAUUCCCCCUGCAGACAUCAGAUGUGGAUCAAUUAGUGAAGCCUCUGAGCUUCCUCAUGGAGAAAGAGGAAAGAGCAUUGCUGCAGCUGCACAUCGAGCGAAAGUUGCUGCCUUGGAGAAGUCUCAUAAUGCUAACCUUGAUAACAUGGUGUGGAAGGUCGAGCUCUAGAAAUGAUUUUAGGAUUUUGGUUCAGGAAAAAUUGUUCAUAUAGGUAGCUAGUUUAAUUGACUGACACGGUAGGAGGAGAUCUAAAGUAGGAGCUAAGCUGAUAGAGAAGUUUUAGAUUCGGUAUGCAUUCUAAUCUGUAAAUAGAGCAUAAUCGUUCACGGGUUCUCUCUGAACCUGGUUGGAUCUUUAUACUCUCAAUGCAGAAGCCAUUUACAUAAUUUGGUGGAGGAAGAUCAGUUUCUGUCCGACGAGGAAUCAGAUGGAGGUUUGUUUUUUUCAGUUUACCUUCCAUAUACGAAGGAUCUUGGUGGCACUUUGGCAUCUCAGAGUGAUCACCAACCUUCAAUUAUUCUACUAAUCUUUUUGCCUUUAAAAGCAUUCCAAGGGACUGAUGGCAGCAAGAACUCAACUGCCAUCCAAACCUGGGUACACUUCAUGUUUCUUUCUUUCUUUUUUUUCAUCAGGAUUUGAUUUCCAAUGUUUAUCAAUGUGUUAGUUUGUGUGGUUUCUUGAUUGAUUUAGAAGUUAUUUUUAGUAUGUAAAAGAAAGUGACAUCUCUGAAUCUGUUGACAGAGAAAGUAGGGUUAAAAAUAGUAAAAAAGCAGAUGAAAUUCCUUCUCUUUUUUUACCUUACUGUAUAACCAAAUUCUGAGUGUCUGAUCUGAUCUUUGUUUUCUGGUUAAUUUAUUGUUGCCAGUGCUGCUCAGAUAAACUGUAAACAGAAACAAGAAAAGAAAAAAACCUCUAUCAAACAUUGAAUGCUUACAAUUAUUGUUACCA